GGUGAUUGGUUGGCUACUGUUCCCGCCCCGAUCCUGUCGCCAUUUUACAGAGGGGAUCAGAAACCCUAAAGGGAGUGGUAUCGGUACCCGUGGCCGGUUGGGCGAUUGGUCACAGAAUUCAGUAACAAUGGGGAACGUUUUUGAAAAAUUGUUUAAAAGUCUCUUUGGGAAAAAGGAAAUGCGGAUUCUUAUGGUGGGUUUGGAUGCCGCUGGAAAGACCACCAUCUUGUACAAACUGAAGCUGGGAGAGAUCGUGACUACCAUCCCUACAAUAGGUUUCAACGUGGAGACGGUAGAAUAUAAAAACAUCAGCUUCACAGUCUGGGAUGUCGGCGGCCAGGACAAAAUCAGACCUCUGUGGCGACAUUAUUUCCAGAACACGCAAGGUCUGAUUUUCGUGGUUGACAGUAAUGACAGAGAGCGGGUCAAUGAAGCCCGAGAAGAAUUAACCAGAAUGUUAGCCGAAGACGAGCUCAGAGAUGCAGUCUUAUUGGUGUUUGUAAAUAAACAGGAUCUUCCCAACGCUAUGAACGCAGCGGAGAUAACAGACAAGCUUGGCUUACAUUCCCUCCGCCAGAGAAACUGGUACAUUCAGGCUACUUGUGCCACGAGCGGAGACGGGCUUUACGAAGGCCUGGACUGGCUCUCCAACCAGCUCAAAAACCAGAAGUGACGGAGGGUGCCGCGCUCCCCGUGCGUUGUGGCAAAGUCAGCUGGCCUCUUGUGUGUGCGUGUGUGUGUGUGAGGAGCCGAGUGUGGGUGUGUGGCUGGGCGUGGGAGCAGCUUUCUUACAUAGUGCCUUAUACACGCUCUAAAGAAACCAGUCUUACAUGUUAAGAACAACCAGUGUUACAUUUUCUACACUACCUUCCAUUUCAAUAGCUUUGAUGACCAGUUUUGCAGUCCAUGGGAGCCGGACUGGUCUUUGCGAUGGGAAAGUGGGGGGAGGGUGGGCUGUGGACUGCCGGCACUUGUGUGAUCUUGGCCCAGGCCUGGGGUCUCUGGGGAUCCUGUUAGACUCUAGCAUCCUUUUGUUAAAAAAAAAAAAAAAGGAAGGCUCAAAUUAAAAAGGCCCUUGCUUACCACAGAUGUAAAGUUCAGAUCUGAACUUAAGUUAUUUUCUAGCCCAGAGAUCCUGGUUUAAUGUACUUUACUGAGAGAAAUCAGUGAUCUUAUUCUAUGAGAAGAAAAAAAGACAACCCAUAACACUAGACCCCAAAACACUAGAAACUCAUUGAAUCCUUCCUUCCUUUGACUCUUAUUUGCCAAAUGGAGGCCCUUUGGGGUGGGCACCCAGUGCGUGGCAAGGCCCUUCACCGGGGCCACCCCGCCACGCACCAGGCUGGGUUAAGGAGGGGUGACACCUUCGUGUCCCUCAUCACCCCUGGAGGCUGCUGCUCCCACUCCCCUGCUCUGCGCCGAAUGUUCUCCGCCUGAAGCAGGAGCUUGGCUCCCCGGGUGGAAGCAGAACCAUGUACAGUAUGUUAGUCCAACUUGCGGUUUGGGUUAGCUGCUCUUCCCAGAACCACACACCCAGGAGUUCUGAGAGUUUGUGAGAGAAUCAAGGGGUUAAAUUUGGGCAACGAGAUGCCCAGCAGCCAAGUUGGUUGGUGCUAAAUUUUGCCAUGAAGGAUGUCUCGUCCAGGCCACUCUCCGUGGCACUGAGACUCCCUCUUCUGGUUGGCAAUCAUGACUUAACGUGGAAAUGUGCUCUAUGUUGUCCUCAAAAUAGAGGUAACAACGGCCUGGAAACGAGCUGGGUUCGCUCCAUAGUCUAGAGCUGUUUUUCAUCCAGACAGCUGUUGGCCAAAUGUGUACCUAAGCUCUUCCACUACUACCUUUUAAAAUUGCUUUUUCCAAAAAAAACAAAAACAAAAAAAAACUUCGUUUUAGAUUACAGAGGAGGAGAGUGUAAAAUGAAUUUUAACAAAAGUAAACCUUGUUGAUAAUCAUGAAGUUGCUAUGACUGGGAAGAAAUUUCAUGCUGUGAUCAAUGUGGAUUGUAACAUUUUUCCUUAAGACAUUGACUUAAAGAAUGUUCCUUGCAGUACUGGCAGCAAAGUCCAGAUUUGAUUUUUAAACCAUGCAGUUAAGUCCUGAGAAAUAUUUAGAUUGUGCGCCUCAAAUUGGCAGGGAGUGUGUCUUACACUUUUGUAUUUAUGCUUUCUGUGUGUGCCCGGUACCGUGCUGGGCCUCAUCAAACAGUUGUUGAUUGGUUGGACAAUAAAGACUUGCUUUGGAAGGAGGAGAGGA